AUGGUAAGAAGAACCUUGGCAGACAAAUAGAUGUGGAAAAGUUUCCCUGAAGUGAAGAACUUUCCAAAGCACUGGCCUAGGCCAGCUUUCCCCACAACCCGUUGCCCUCCAGUAGUUUUGGACUGCAUGUCCCCGUUAACCCCAGGCUACAUGGUACUGACUGGGGCACAGCCAGCCGCUCCCUUUCAAAUGUUUUUACAGAGGAAAAGAGAGAGAUGUUUGUAUCCACCCAGGCCUUCUUCAAGAAUGCAGAGCUGAAGGGUUUUGCAAUAUCGGCUGUUUGCUGUUAUGUCCCUUUUCUCUGCUGAGCUGGCCUCCUGUGAGUCAAAAACCAAGGGAACGUUAUUUUGUUUAAGGUGUCUCAAAGUGGCCUUUGCCAACAGCCUUGGCUGGCUGGACCAAUGGGAUUUGUCCUCCAGAACACCUGGAGGGCACCAGGUUGGUAGAGGCUGCCCUAGAAAACCAGUCAGACUGUUCAUAACAAACGCCUUUCACUGUGCAUGGUGAAUGAUGCAGGCAUUCAAUGUUUCCAUGGAUGUGCAUUUAUGUACACUGUAGAGACCCAGGGAGUGAUGGAAACACAGAAGGAAGCAUUUAAGCAUUUUAAAGAAAGGAACAGAAGACAGGAGAGCGAAUUGCCAGGUUUGAGCAAACAGCAACUGUCUCUGGGAGAAGUACAGUGGUACCUUGGUUUACGAACUUAAUCCGUUCCGGAAGUCCGUUCUUAAACCGAAUCCAUUCUUAAACUGAGGCGUGCUUUCCCUAAUGAGGCCUCCCGCUGCCGGUGCCCUUCCAUCAUUCGGAUUCCAUUCUUAGACCGAGGUAAAGUUCGCAAACCGAGACACUACUUCCGGUUUUGUGGAGUUUGUAAACUGAAUUGUUCAUAAACAUGACUGUUCUUAGACCGAGGUAUCACUGUAUCCUCAUAUGCCAGCCCACCUCAAGAGACCAAGGCAAGAAGAAGGGUCAAGGGAAGUGGUGUCGUUUCUAAAUGGACUGGCUGAUCUUCGGAGGCGUCCUGGCUUGGCUGUGGGUCUCUGGGUGCUUAGUGGAGGAGACGAUCUCUGCACAUGCUCAAAAAGCACAUGCACGAACAACCUGGAAAGCACACGAGGGAGCAUAUCUGUGCCAAUGAAGGGCUGGAGGAGGGCUCCAUCCUGGCUUACAUUAAGCCAGUGUUUUUUUCUUUUUUUCUUCCAAAAAAUGUUUAGGGGUACUCUCAUUUUGACUCAAGAAAAUCACCUUUUUCAUAGUUCAAAUCGGGAAAAAUAAAGACAGUAAAUGGACAAAAGUACAAGGAUUCUCAAAAUGUUUGGGAGGAUGCGUCCGCCCAGAACCCGCAGCGUAAUUUCCCUUCUCUGCCCAGCUGCUCCGCAGGCAGCCCGCGCGCGCGCCAACCACUCCCGAGUCGCCGGCUCCCUCUAGCGGUCGCUCGCCGCUACUGCGCGCAGGGAAACCCUCGCCCCGCCCCCGGGCUGCUUCCGGUCUUCUUCCCUUCGGUGCGCCCGCAUUGGCUGCCUUUCCCCGCCCAGCUCCUCUCCGAUUGGGCGGAGCGGGCGGCCGUGGCAGGUAAGAGCUAAGAUGGCGGCCGAUGCCCUUUCGGGGGAACAGCCGGCGCCCACGUGACCUGGGGGGGAAGAGGCCCCUGGUCCCCCGGCAGGACCCGCCGGCCCGGGGGGGGGGGGGGCUAAACUACAACUCCCCGGCCCCGCGCCAGGCUUGCGGGAGGGGAGCGGCCUCUUGGGGGCCGCCCAAAGCCCCCCGCCCGGCCCCCAGCAUCCUCGAGGCUCCGGGGGGCUGGAAGGAAGGUCCGCGCCGGCCUUGGGUCUGGCAUCUUCCUCCCGUCAGGCAGCUGUGCUGCUGGGACUGAGGAGAGGCAUAGUCCCAAUAUCUGGAGGACACCCGGUUGGGAAAGGCUGGUCUGCUUCGUGGGUGCACAGACAUGAUUAUAAUUUAUUGAAAUUUAAAUGCAACACAUAAGAAGUUCUUAAGAAAACCAGAAGUGUAAAGAGAAAAAAGGUCUAUAGCAAUUCUUAACAGUUACUGAAAUAUACUCAGAGUCAAGAGUGAAUUUCAUGCUCUUUAUUCAGCUCAUAGUGGUGAGGAGGAAUGGAAGUUUCCCCAAAGUAUCUGCUUUAUAUACAUUAUUUACACAAUGGGCUGCACGUGAUUGGCUAAUUCCGGGAUUCACCUGUAGGCCAAUCAGGUUGUGAAUUAACUUCCAUCUGGAGCUGGAUUGGGUGCCUCCUGCGGACCAAUCAUACUGCUGCAUUGUUCUAGGACCAAUCAGACUCCUGCAUUUUGGAUCCUAUUCAACUCAGUACAUAACAGUUACCAUUUUUAACCUAUAUUAUAUUUUGUAUAAAUGAGAUCAUUGCAUGGACAAGUAUUACGGGUGUGCAGACUUAAGGCUGGUUGGCUCUGUGUUGUUUUUUCAACUAAGAUGCUGCGGUCCCCAACAGGAACUGCAUGCAGAAUAAUUCAGUUGGGGCAACAUAGAGUUAGGGACGGGGUGCCUCUGAGCAUGUCCUUAGUCCAGGAAUUUGUUUCCAUUGACAGUCCUGUCACAUAAGAAGCUACUCUACCUUUCAUCCUAAGUCUUCUUUAUCUGGACAGGGGAAUCUAGAUUGGGAGGGUGGCUGUUUGUUUCUACCGUUAACCCAGUGUUUCUGAUUCUCUGUAACUUCUGCCAACAUCCAAAGGCCUACAAGUAGAUCCUGGAUCUGCCUUCUGCCCAUUUCUGCUCAAUUCUGACUGAGAGUAGCUCUCUAGAGUUUCAGCGAAAGAAACCUCUCUCCCACCACACACUGUCGGAUCCCUUUCAUUCAGGGAUGUGGAACCUGUGGCCCUCCAGAUGCUGUUGAGCAUCCCAUGAACCCCAGCCAGCAUGGCCAGUGGUCAGACUCUCCCGCUAGGCCAGGCCCUAACCCCAAAACAUACGAAACAGUUUAUAUCAAAGCAGAUUGUUGGUCUGUCUAACCCAGUUUCUGGCCCAUACCAUGUGAAAGAAGCUCAAAGGUGCUUAUAAUUCACUGUGAAAACAGACUAAGUUUGUGGCAUUUGUGCUGAUCUCAGUCACACAUUCCUUUUACUGUACAUCUCUUAAGGUGUAUCUGUUAAGGGACAUCUUUGAGAGAUGAAAAGACUAAGGAGUAAAUCCUACACAAAUCUGGAGUCUCGAUGGCGCCUUUUAUGCCACCUCCUGGCAACUCCUGCAGCCAAGCUGGUGCCAAACAUAUUGCUCUGCUUUCCUUUGGUCCACACCAGCGAGGUUGGUCUUGUCGUCUGGGCAGCCCAGGACCUCCAGACACACUGCCCAGGCUAGCAGGUCACUUCAGGGCUGUUAAUGCAGGGAUUUGACGUCACCCCUGGAGGUGCACCCCAUUGUCUCUCAAGACAGAGGUGUCAAAAAAUGUUCAGGUGCCAUGAGGCUUUUUGCUGGUUUUGCUCUGGCAGACUAACACAGUAACCCCUCUGGGAAGUGUUUUUGGGAAGCUGUCUUAUACCAGGAUGAACCUGAACCUGCUCUGAGAAAUAGAAUGGUUGAAGGCUUUGCCCUGUGAGAAGCUUCAGGGCGCAUUUUGCUCUUGGCUAUGGUGAAUUCACUACAUCUGGGAUGUGCCUUAAUAUCCUGCUGUUGCUGGCAUGAGCAGUAGUUGGUGAUGAUGGGAGUUUGAGUCCAACCACAUCUGGAGGGCAUCCCUGCUCUAAACCUCACCUUGGUCAUUCCUGGAUAGAUGGGCAAUUGACCAGAAUAAAAACACAGUGCAGAUGCAGAACAAAAUUGCUUUCCUCCUGCUUCCUUUCAGUAGAAAUUGGAUGCCAAGUAAAGAGAUGUUUCAGACAGAUCCAGCACAGGUUGUGCUCCGUCACCUGCUGGGCAUUAUACCUUAGAAAAUGUCAAUCCCCCAAGCUUUGCCUGUGCUUGUUCCAGCAUUCAGUAUUAUCUUGGGGUCUGAAUUGUUCUUUCUGGACAUUGUGCUAGAGAGAGGAGCCCUCUCUUCUGCUUUGUGUCACAGCCUUUCUCUUCCUCUAGCAGGACCUACAGCUGCUUCCCAAAAUAAUAACCUAAAAGGGCUAACAAUGGCAUUGUCCCCUGGACACUCCAAGGAUGGCUCCUGUUGCUCCCACCAUGUGGCCGUGCCAAGUGUUCACCAGACUCUGGAGGAGAUGGAUUUUGAGAGAGGUACAGAAGCUCUGGGGCAUUGUGGGUCUUUGGAGGGGUGAGAAGGGGAUAAGGAGAUGAGCUGUAACUAAAACUCUCUUUGCCUCCUUAUCCUGUCUGGAGGAGAGAAAAAAGAUAAGUUACUAUGCUCCAAAGCAGAGGUGGGAAGGCCUCUGGCCUAGGAGCCAAAUGUAGCUGUCUGAGCCUCUCUGUCUGGUAUGCAAAAUAGACUCUUCCUGUGCCCCUCCCCUUUCCCAACCACCCCCUGUCUCCCCAAGCUACACUUCACUGGCCCUGCAUUGCACGCCCUUGUUUGGCUGCAAUGCAUUUUUGAACCCUGAUAAUGCCUCUUGCUUGCUGGUUGGAAGAUAGAGAGGGGCACUGAGAAGAAAAUAGUGAUAGUUUCAAACAAUGGCAGAGGUUUGAGUAAAACAGCAAUGAUAAGACAUUGAGAGGGGAAACUGGUAGUUCUAAACAAUGGCAAAGCUUUGAGUGGAGCAAGCAGGGAAGGACACAGAGGGAAAAUGUGGUGGUUUAAAACAAGACUUGAGGGCAGAGAGACACGAGUUGAGAAAUAGUUUGUUGUGUUAGCUUUUUGUGUUGUACCCAUAGUCAGGUAAAUUACGUUAGGUAAAUGCAGAGUGGUGAUGAGGCACAGGGCUGCUCAAUGACAGACUAGUGCCAAUAUAAAGAUAAAUUGAAAUUUAUUUAUGUGUAGGGAUUUGGUGUGCUGCUCUGAAUGGAGACCUUGAGAAGGUCAAAAAACAGAUCCUAAACCGCAGUAAUCCCAGCGAGCCAGAUCCCUUUGGAUACACGGCUUUGGUAAGUGUCCAAGGUUACUGUGGGGGUCAGAUUUCAAAAAUUCAUGAGAAUGCAACCAUACAAGAGAGUUGGCUACUAGUGUCCCCUGCCAGGUGUCCCAACAAUGCAUAGUGCCUGCACCUUCUGUCUUUUAUGAGAAGGAGGAUGCAUCUGCUGUCAUGUGGGCUCCAUUCAUGCUGGUGUGACAUCACAGUGAUGUCAGGUGACCUCUUUUUGCCUGCAGAGCCAUGCAUGCAAAGGCACAGUUAUUUGCAAGUGCUGAGGAUCAGCUGAGGGGGGAGGGCCGUCGCUCAGGGCCAGAUCGCCUGCCUUGCAUGCAGAAGGCCCCAGGCUCAGUCCCUGGCAUCUGCAGGUAGGACUGGGAGAAACCUCCAUCUGGAAUCCUGGAGAGCUGCUGCCAGUCAGCACAGACAGUACUGAGCAAGGGGGGUUGAGGCAGCUUCCCCUGUUUUCCGUUUGCAAAGCCCCAGACAUCGUGCUGUGCAGGUGCCUCCCCAUUUGACCCACCAGACUCUUUCAGCCAAGCCACACACACCUGCCCAACACGGAGGCCGUGGGGCAGAGAUGGCAGAAGUGGGGCUCUGCGGGCACUUGUGCAUGGCACGUUGCAAGCCCCAUGAUUGCAGGGGGCUGCCAAGGCCCUUUCAGUCCAGCUGCGUCUUCAGCUGCCCCACAUCUUACAUCAAAUGUGGGGCAAGGGAAGGGGGCUUGCCUGAAAUGGCCUAGACUACCCCAAGAUGCCUCGUUUUCUGCCUUGCAGCACUACGCCAGCCGCAAUGGCCAUUAUGACGUCUGCCGAUUCCUCCUGGAGAGCGGAGCUGCCUGCAACGCUCAGACCCAUGGCGGGGCCACCCCUCUCCACCGAGCCUCUUACUGUGGGCACACGGAGGUGGCUGAGCUCCUGCUGACCUACGGGGCUGAUCCAGCAGCCACUGAUGACGACGGGAAGACCUGCUUGCACAAGGUGUGGCGCACCGAGUGGCUCCUUGGCCGUUUCAUUCAUUCGUAGGCAAAUGUGUAGUCACUCGGGUGUAUGGGUGGGGCCAGAGUGGGUGGAGCAACGCAAGGGACGCUUCCCUUUCUCCAGUCAGCUGCCUUCUGGUCAUGCAAAAGUCGCCCACACGUCUCUCUGUUCAGGCAAGCCUUCUGCAAGGAGGGUCACAGUCCCAGGGCUGAUUCCAGACAAGCCCCGAGGAAGGCCAAGCGCCGGCCCCUCCAGUUCCUAAUGGGCUGUGGGUUUUCCUUAUUGGGGGGGGGGGCGGGGAGGGGAUGCGAUGUCCUUCCCUUGCUCCCAUUGACACCUCCCUCCCGUGAGGACCGUCCCGCGAGUCUGGCUGGUCCGUGGGAGGCCAAAGUGGUAUAGAGUAGUACAGUGGUUAGAGCAUGUUGGACUAGGACCUGGGAGAUCAGGGUUGGAAUCCCCACUUGGCCAUGGUGCUCACUGGAUGAUCUUGGAAUCAGUCUCUGUCUCUCGGCCUGACCUCCCUCACGGGGUUGUUGUGGGGAUUAACUGUGCAGGCGGGGGAACUAUGUACUCCACCUUGAGCUCCUUAGAGGAAAAAAAGGUGGGGCUAUAAAUGCAAGAAACAAGGGACAACCCUUUGCUCUCAGCUUGCCUGAGGACCCCUCCCUCCUCCCUCCCUGCAGGCAGCCGAGAAUGGACACGGAGACCUCUGCCUCCUCUUCCUGGAGCGCAACUCUGACCUGAGACACCUGCAGGACAAGAGCCUGCGUCGCGCCUGCGAUUUGGUUCCUGACAAGAACGAGGACUUGAGGAAGCUUCUGGAGUAG